CUUCUCGCUGGGUACGAUCCUCUGGUACGACCAAGUCAAAAUGGAGCAGACACUUAUGUAACUUUAUAUAUAUCCCCUUUGUUAAUAGCAGAACUGGAUGAACAAAAACAACUUUUAAAGACUGCUAUUGGUUGUACUAUGAUAUGGCAAGAUAACUUGUUGACAUGGGAGACAGUGAAUUCCACGAUAACCUCUUUGAUUUUACCGGCAAAUUACAUAUGGACACCAGAUAUAAUGAUCGGCAAUUCUGCUAAUACCGACAACCAAUUAGAUACAGCCCAAAGCAAAGCUUUUGUACACAACAGACCAUAUAAUCACCAUAGGCGUGCUCUAACACAUGUAGUAAACAGUCUACUUCCUGUUAUCUGCCUGUCACUGUUGAAUAGUUUCGUAUUUAUUUUACCAGCAGACGGGGGAGAAAGAACUGGCGUAUCGAUAUCCCUGUUGUUGUCUUACGCCAUUUACAUGACCUACAUAAAGCAAACGUUGCCAUCCAAUUCGGACACGCUCAGUUAUUUUAGCAUUUAUUUAGUUUGUCUGAUCUGUAAAAGUUCUCUUAUUGCCAUGGCAACAACCAUCAGUCUUUGGCUUCAUGACAAAAAUAAAGCACAGGCAGUGGCGUGGUCUCCAUUUACCCGUACCCCAUCUCCAAAAAUAAUUCCUGAAGAUCAGUUGAUGAGGACAAAGACAUCUGCUAUGAAACUACAGGAUAUGAAUUCAUUUGGAGAUGACAAGUUUGAGCAGGACUCCAAACUCAACAACACAAAAGUCGACUGUACAUCACAUGGGGCCAGGCAACCAAAUGAGUGGAGCGUAAGAGCAAUCAAAUUUGAUUGGUUUUGUUGCAUAUUUUUUAUUAGUUGUUCAUUGUUGAUGCCGACUGUUUGUAUUGCUCUGAUGCUUACAUAA